AUGUCAAGAAACGAGGAUGAUGUGAAGAAUGAUUCUGAUAAUGAUUUGGGUGAUGAUUUCGAUUAUCAACCGAAUGCAGAAGAUGAUGCUGAAGACGAUGAUGUGGAUUCGCUGGAUUCUACUAGCAAGAGUGAAGAAGUUUGUGGUGUAAAAAGAAUAGAGAAUUUAAUGGUGGAGGAUAUUUGGAACCUGGAGUUUAGGACAGAGAAUGAGGCUUGCCAAUUUUAUAACGCUUAUUCUUGUUGGCAUGAAUUUGUAAUGAGGAAGGACGACGUGGUUAGGGAUAAUCAAGGUAGAAUCAUUAGCAGGCAAUUUGUUUGCAACAAAGAGGGCUGGAGGAAUAUGAGGUAUUUUGAUCUGGAUGAUAGAUCAAAGGAGGCAAGGUCACUAACGCGAACCAAGUGUCCAGCUCAGCUUAGGGUAAAGCUUGACUACGGCUGCGGUAGAUGGAAGGUAUCAUGUUUUGUGGAAUCUCACAACCACGAUCUGAUGCCACCCCAAUUUGCGCAUAUGGUUCCAGCCAAUCGUCAUCUCACUAUCACUGAUAAAGUCCAAGUGAAAAAUCUUCAUAAUUUUGGUAUCAAGACCUGCCAUAUUAUGGGGUAUAUUGCGUUCCAGAAGGGUGGAUAUUGUCAUGCUAGCUUCACACGCAAAGAUUUAUACAACCACAUUGAUCGUUAUCGUCAGUCAAAAGUUAAAAACGGGGAUGCCAAUGCGGCAAUAAACUAUUUGAUUGGCAAGUCAAACAACGAUCCGCUGUUCUUUGGAAAGUAUAUGUUCAUUAGUGACGAAAGGCUCGAGCAUAUUUUUUGGGCAGAUGAGUAG